AUGGAAGAGACCCUUACCCAGCGCCAAACCGUGCACAAAGUGGCCAUAACCGCCCGUCACGAGGAGGUCAAAGCCCCGGCCACAAACGAGAUGCCAAUCCAAGGCGUAGCCAAACUGGUCCCAUCAUCCUGGGUGCCCUACGUCCAAUUAAUGCGGCUUGACCGUCCGGGCUUCCUCGGCUUCUUCAUGCCCACUCUAAUGGGCCUCUCUGCGGGCGCCACACUAGCCUCUCCACCCAUCACAGCCCCUGAGUUCCUCAAAUCAUUCAUUUUCUUCUGGAUCGUCACCAAUUUCAUCCGCGGGGCCGCCUGCACCUGGAACGACAAUGUCGACCAAGACUUCGACCGCAAAGUACCCCGAACCCGCUGUCGACCCAUUGCCCGCGGAGCCGUCUCCACCACGCAAGGCCACAUCUUCACCCUAGCUCAAGUCGCCAUCACCGCCUGGAUCCUGAGCCACCUCCCCGCCCAAUGUCACGCAUACAGUCUCGCCAUGGGCGUGCUGCACGCUAUCUACCCCCUCUGUAAACGCUUCAUGGACUUCACUCCCGUUUUCCUGGGCCUGCCCUUCUCAGUGACUAUGAUCCUCCCCGCUGUCGGAAUGGGCGUGGACCCGUUCUCCGCUCCGGCGGCUUGCUUGUUCGUGGUUGAGUUCGUCUGGACGAUUAUUUAUGAGACCAUCUACGCGCAUCAGGAUGUGCAGCACGAUGUUCAGGCGGGUGUUAAGUCCAUGGCGGUUAGGUAUAGACAUUCUACGAAGAUUAUUGCCUCUGUGCUUGGUGUCGUUAUGGUUGGGUUCAUGGUUGCGGUGGGUGUUACUGCGGGCUUGUCCGGGGUUUACUUCCUCGUGGGUUGUGGUGGCACCGCGCUUUCGUUGGCCGUGAUGAUUUAUUCGGUCGAUUUGACCAAGCCGGCUAGUUGUUUGUAUUGGUUCCGUAUGGGGUUCUUUAUUGUUGGAGGGAGUAAGUCGGCUGGGUUUUUGGCUCAGUAUUUGGUGGAUCUUUUGGCGUAG